GACACCGAGCGGCCGCGCCCGGCCCCGGCCCGGCCCGCAUCCUCCUCCCGCUCCGCGCUGGGCACCCCGGCUAAAACCCGGGGCCUCCCGACUGGGACUGCCUUCUCCGCUCGGGCCGGGGCGGGCGCUGCGCGCUUCUUCCACCACCCCAGGCGUCAGGUCUCCAGAGAACAAGUCCCGGGGCCAGACGGCGUCAUGGAGCCCCCGCGGGCGCUGCUGCUAAGUUUGGAGGCGCCGGGACCUGCGCCUUUUGAAGACACCCCGCCUGCCGAGGAGCCGCCCGCCCCGGGCGUCCUCUGCACCGAGGGUGGCGGGGACGGCGGCGGCACGUCGGCGGCCCCGAGCCCCGACGCCGAGUCCCCGUGCCCGCAGGGAGAGACUGCCCCCCGGGAGCCGGAGGAGCCGCUGGGAAGCCGCCGCCGCUGCCGCUGCCGCGCGCGCUCCUGCUCUCUGCCCGCCGACCCGACCCUGCAGGCGGCCAAGUUCCUGCAGCGGCGGCAGCCGCCUGCCCCGGGGCCGGAUGCGGAGGGCGGCGAGAGGGCCGAGGACGCGCCGCACGGCCCGGGCUGCUACGCCAAGUGCAAGAAGCGGGUGCAGUUCGCGGACGCGCUGGGGCUGAGCCUGGCCAGCGUGAAGCACUUCAGCGAGGCCGAGGAGCCGCAGGUGCCGCCCGCCGUGCUCUCCCGCCUGCGCAGCCUCCCGGCGCGCGCCGAGGACCUGGAGCAGCUCCCGGGCCUGCUGGCCGCGGCGGCGGCGGCGGCCGCGCCCCUCCGCGCACCGCCUCCCCGGCUGCGGCCUCUCUUCGAGCUCCCCGGGCCGAGCGCCGCAGCCGAGCGCCUGCGGCGACAGCGCGUGUGCCUGGAGCGCGUGCAGUGCUCGGCACCCUGGGGCGCGGAGGUGACCGGCUCCGGCCGGGUGCUGGGCUGCCCGGGGCCGCGCGUCGUGGCCGUGCGCUACACCUUCACCGAGUGGCGCUCCUUCCUGGACGUGCCGGCCGAGCUGCGGCCCGAGCCAGGGAAGCCGCCGCCUCCAGAGGCGCCGUCGGGGGAGCCGGGGGAGGCCGAGGAGGAGCCGAGCGCCGAGCGCUUCCACUUCGCGCUGUGCCUGCCGCCGGGCCUGCAGCCCAAGGCGGGGGAGGACGCGGACGCUCCGGGCGCCGCCGUCCACUUCGCCGUCCGCUACCGCUGCGCCCAGGGCGAGUACUGGGACAACAACGCGGGGGCCAACUACACGCUGCGCUACGUGCGCCCUGCCGACGCGCGCUGAGCCCGCAGUCCUCGGCAGCGACGCGGGAAGGGGCCGGCGGCGCGCGGAGCCGGGGCAGCCGCGACGCUUUGCGGAGCGCCAUCCUCCUGGAGAGAGGGAGCCGCUCUCCGCAAGCUCGCACCCCAGACAGAUCCCGCCAGCGGGCACGGAGCCCUACCCGGCGAAGCGCCCUACCUUCCCGGCCGCUUCCCCGUCGCUUUGGCCUCUGGAGUUCUCGCCGCGCGUCGAAUGGGAAGAAAUCCUCAAGAUUCCGAGCAGUGGCUUUCUCCACGAAAAAGGCUCCUGACUCCGGAGCGAGGCUGCAAAACCUUGGGAUGUGUGUUUUUAACUGUGGACGUCCCCUCGGGUCUCAGGGCGCCGUCGAAGCAUCCCGCCGCCUCGCGGCGAGGGACGGCGUGAACUGCGGGCCCGCGGGAGCCCGCGGGCCUGUUUCUCGAGAAAACCAGGUGGGGCCUUGGCCGGGCAGUCCUUUUCUCUUACGUGGGAUCUGGGAAAUGUUUGCUGAGACUCGUGCGCUUGCGUACAAAUGUCCUUUUGAAAAGUAAAGGCCACGUGCACGUCUGUUACUUGGUAUUUCAGCUCCCGGCAGUUUGGGAGACCUUGGCAGCCGGGCCAUCUUCUUCAGCGGAUGAUGCUGCACUUUAAAAUAGUCAAACAACAAUAUUUUCAAAUUUCCCUUCUUUCAUUCCUCCUGUCUGAUGUGGAAAGGCCCAGAUUUCCCAAAAUGGGCUAGAGCGUUCUUAAAAGUGUUCUGGAGAAGUCGUUCUUUCCCCGGGCAAAAUAAGAUGCUUGGUGAGUUGAAAUGCCGGCGUAAUCGGCAGGCCUUGGCGGUGAGCCGUCGGAGGCGGUCUUUGGCCUCCAGCCUCCAGCCGCGAUGUGUAGGCAAAGCACAUCGUAGCUGCUAGACUCCUGGGCCAUUAGCAGUCAGAGAAGCCGGACUCUCGGUGGCUGGACUCCAGGCCGGGGAGAUGAGGGACGGAAAGGUGGCCUUCUGUCCCUCUUGGAGCCACAGCAGGGAGUGGUGGCUUGAAUGAUGAAGCAUGCCCAGCAAGAAAAUCCUGCUCCGAAUCCGGUGGGCACCAGCCUGGCUGGCCUUCUUCGUUCACUGCUGAUGGCUGUGGAUGCCAAGAUCAGGGCUGGCGGGCCUCGGGAGGACUGGAUUUCUUCAUACGUUGGUCCUGCCUUGGAGCAUGUGGCUUGGAGCACUUGGGGAAUUGUGGUCUGUGUCGUGUGUACUGUGUCAGGAGUGCAAGGAACAGCCUUCAGGAGGAAAUGGCAGGCUUUGCCUUCGUGUGACACGGAACUGACAGACAUGCCUUUUCGGCUCAUGCAGUGGACACGGGUUUAUAGGUUCAAAGAGGGCACCGUGGCAUGUGGUAACUUAACAGGCAGCCCUGGCAAACAGUGAGCUGUUUGCUGUCCAGCUUUGCCCGGUCAGUCCCCGUGAUGCCAGGCCUGGACGGUCUUCAGGAUGGGGGUUGUGUUUUGUACAGUCACAGCGGCAAGGGGCUGGGAGCAGGGCAGAAACCGACAACCUGGGCCCAGGCCAGUGACCCCAGCUGUCCUCCUACAGGGCCAUCCUGGCCUUAUUGUCAAUAAGCGGGCCGGUGCCUGGAAACCCCCGGAAGAGGCUGACCCUGGCUUCUCCUCGGGACUAGUGAUGGACACUUUCCACUAGGUGACCUGCUGUGUUUCCUUGUUCCCCUUUGGACUCCCUUCCCCUGAUCGGGGAGAUUUUCAGGACGCAACCCUAAAUGGUCCUUUAACCCUCCAAGGGCUGGUUGCUAGAGAGCUAACACUAUAACUUUAGGUUCAUUAGGACCUAAACGCCGUUAAAUCUUUUUGGGAGACGUUGUAUUUGCAUCUUGUAGAGUUUAGUUCUUUGGCUUUGCCCCCUGUGAGUAGACACAUUUUGGCAAGGAAAGAAGUGAGUGACAUUUGGGCUGAAUGGAGAUUUUUUGAGAUGGCGGAGAUCAAGGGCUUGCUUUUAAGAUGGGCUAGUGAGGUGUGCCUGGUGGAUCUAACAGAAGAGUAGAAGUCUAUUUAGGUCAUGAGUUCAGAACCAGUUCAGCCCGGAAAAUCUUUAGAUACACAAACACCUCUGGUAAAGCAAAGACAUUUUAGAGACACUUACAGACUUAAAGAAAUGAGAGCAGUGUCAUUACUCAUCCCAUUCAUAUUGCUGGCACUGCUCAGGUUCUCUGAAACUUGUUAGCUCAAGUCACUACCCCAGGAGAACCAACAGCGUCCUAAAGUAUCCCAAAAUGGGAAACUCGGUCUGAAAAUCUGAAUUGAAUAAAGAUUGAAAGCGGGUGGGUUUCGUGAACUAAGCUUGGAACAUUUAAUCUCCAAGUUGAAAAACGCAUGAGCACAUCCCACAGAAGGCCUUUCUACAAAGAGCUACACGUGUUCUGUUGAGGAAACAUCCACUCCAAAAGACAAGAAGUUUAUGGUCAUGGGAAACUCAUGGUCUUUAUAGGGGCCCCUGGCAGGGCUCUCUAGAGUGUUUGUGGGUCCAGCGCCUCUCUGGACAGCUUUGGGUGAAGAACCCCUGUUACCAGGAGGCUGUUCUGGGGCAGCUGAAGCAGGAUCUUGCAUACCCUGAGUAGGUGGAAGAGGUUACUAUUUCUCGGAGGGAGUUCGGUUUUGUCUCAUUUUUACAUUAUAUAAAAGGAAAUGUGCGUUUAUAUUCAGAACCACUUUAAAUGGCCUAGAGAAUUCCAUUUGUAUGUCCCUUUCAGUCUGGUUAAGAAGUUGUGUUUUUAUGCACAGACUUAAGCCAUGUUGUUUAUAAAAUUAUAUUUUUCAGCCAGAAAGUCCCAAACCCUGUGUGUUACCCAUGUCACAGUGAAGUGCCGACCCUGAAAUUAGUGAGGUCUAUUUGUUGUAUUAGGAUUGUAAAUAUAAAUCUAAUUCAGUUUGAAGGUCCCUGGGAUAUCUAAUAAUUGAUAUUGUGUGGAUAAGUACAGAUAUAAAUGGAUAUUGCAGGCAAGUCCUUAACAAUGAAAUACACAAUAUGUUCUUUUGGGAAAAAAAAUAGUCCGCGUUUAGAAAAAUCUGUGAGUCCCCUGCUUAGCUCCCAACCUCCCCGCCCCCCGACCCCCAGAUCUGAACUAGAGGUUGCUUUUGUUACCAGAUCCUGAGUGAUUUUGGACUUUGCUGUUGACCAGAUAGUCAUUAAAAUGAAUUUCUCUAUUGGUGUGAUUGCCCUGAAAGGCUAGUUUUUCUGGCCGAGGAAACACCUUCAAAACGGCUGUAAGGUGUUGAGUUCUGAGGCUGGGGGCUGCCCUGCCCUGCAUGGCCCACCAGGAUGGAGCCAGGAGAAGGUGCAGGGGAGGAAGCGCUGCUUUGGGCCUGGGCCGAGUGGGCUGAAGGCUGCUGUGAAGGCCAAAGCGUAGCAUCUUGGGCCUUGGCUUUCGACUCUGCCACAUCCAGGUGGCUCAGGAGACCUCACCAGAUGAACCUGUUAGAGCCAAGGGUUUCUGAAGCCGUCGGCACCAUCCUCUGUAGGUACAGGCAUGAGGGGCCCUGGCAGACACCUGUGACGUGUUACCUGUACGUGACGGCGGAGGCUGGGCAUUGUCUGGCAACAAGUUCCGGCUUCUGUGAAGGCGCUCCCUUUGUGAGCCAUGGUCUGACUUCCGCAGGUGAGCCCAGAGCCCGGCGUGGUUGAGGUCCACGGCCACUGCAAUGUCACCAAACACCCACGUCACUCCUCCAGGGUCUGAAAGUACAAUGUAGCUCACCCUGGUAUGUCUGGGAUCCCCGAGCUUUCUCAGGGGACUGCCUGUGACAGCUCUGACUCGACAGGGGCUCCCAGCCCUGUGCGGGGUAGGGGCGGAUCUCAGGGUCCAAGAUGACCAUGGCUGUUGGGGGCACAGAGUCUGCCCUCGCGAGCUGCAACCAGGGGGCCCAAGUGGUCCUUUAUCAGCCACGCAGCAGUGGCAAGAGUGGGCGCUCUUCCAGACAGGAUAUUUUAAUGUGAUUAUAUGGAAUUUUGUACAGUUCCUUCUAACAAUGUGAGAGAAAAUAACCUCAUUACCCUGCCUUUUGAAAUCUGCCUGAGCAAUGUGCCCUGUGGAAUGUCUGGGGUGAGUAACAGAUUUCUGUGAAUGUGAUUUUUGAUACUGUUUAUUUAAACUGAGAACUACUGUAGUGCAAACCCAGCCCUUGUGUUUCUCCUCGGUUUUUAAAAGGAUGAUUAUAUUUUUGUGGUUUGAAAAUGUCUUUUCAAUUCUAAGGAUUUUUUGGGAAAUUUUCUGUUUGCUGCUCUGCUGUAUGGUGAUAUUUCUGUAUGUGUCGCACCUAAAAAAAUGCUGAACCCAAAGUCCUGAUUUGAAUAAAGAAUGUAAAGCAAUUUGGGACUUUGAAAGCUGUCACUGAGUCUGUGGACGUAUCCGGUGGUCACAACUGGGAUGGGGGCCGGGGGGCGAGGUGGCCACCGGCACCUAGUGGGCAGAGGCUGGGGGUGCUGCCAGCAUCCUACAAUGCACAGGACGGCCCCCAGCAAAGGGGUCCUGAAAUCUCAGUGCUGAGGCUGGAGAACCCUGAGCUGAUAGUACUGUCCCAGCUUUGAUUUCCUGGUUUUGAUAAUGUACUAAGGUUACAGAAGAUACUAUCACUGUGGAAAGCUAUGUGAAGUAUAUAGGGGAAUUCUCUGCUUUUUCUGCAAAUUCUUGUGAGCUUCAAAC